UGUGGUUUGUUUUAGCCCCGCCCAUAACAUGAGGAUUCACGUUGGUACUUUUGUGAUUUGUGUUCUCUGUUUGUUGCUCUUCAAUGCCUUAGCUCUCAACCUCCUCUCACCAGGAUCCUAUGAUUGUACAACACAAUGCUCCGACACACAAAAUCAAUUAAAAGAAUCCAUUAACAGGUUAAAACAAGAAAUAUUGACACUCAAACAAAAGUGUUCCACUAAUGAAAGCACAUCGUCGCUCCAUGAUAGUCACUCUCCUUCCCUCGUCCCUCAUAUCCCAGUUAUACACAUGAUCACACCCACUUACUCUUGCUGGACUCAGAAGGCGGACCUUACGAGACUCUCUCAGACUCUCAUGCACAUUAAGAACCUUCACUGGAUAGUCGUAGAAGACUCGGACAAUAAGACCGGACUUGUUGCUAGAUUCUUAAAGAAAUGCAACCUGAAAUAUACUCACCUCAACGUAAGAACGAAAAAAGAAUUACAAAGAAAUAGUAAGGAACCAGUGUGGAGAAAGAGCAGAGGAGUUGAACAAAGAAACCUGGGACUGAACUGGCUGCGUAGAAACCACAUGACAAUGCCAGGCAAGGGAAAAGGAGACGUCGUGUAUUUUGGUGACGAUGAUAACACGUACGAUAUUGAACUAUUUGAUGAGAUUAGAGCUACCAGGAAGCUCUCAGUCUGGCCGGUCGGUAUCUGUGGGGGACUGAGGUGGGAAGGGCCUGUCUGUGACGAUAAAGGGACCGUGGUCGAUUGGCAUAGGUCGUGGGCUAAAUUGAGACCAUUUCCUAUUGAUUUUGCUGGUUUUGCUAUUAAGUUAGAUGUUGUAUUGCAGUUCAGUACAGCUGAGAUAAACCCUGAUUCAAGGAUUGGCUGGCUUGAAAGUGACUUUCUGUCACAAAUGGUUCAACCUUCUGAUGCUGAAGGUCGUGCCAGCAACUGCAAGAAGGUCCUUGUUUGGCAUACAAGGACAGAGAAACCAAAGACAAAAGACGAAGAGAGACUGAUUGCUCAAGGACAGCCAUCAGAUCCUCUCAUCGAAACAUGAAAUUGCUUUCAGAAAAUUAUCAAUGUAUUUUUGUGAAUAAUAAAAGAAUUUUACCAAUAACGAUACGAACCUUUUCAUGACUUCAA